AUUCAGCUAAAGGGUUCAUCGCUUCUCCUCUGGGGUUUAGUGAAGAUUCUUAAGCUUCCACCACCACCACCGCUUCAUCACCACCACAUCAACCAAUUUAUUAAAUGAAAAGGGUAUUUUGAAGGAGGGUAUUAUGGAAAAAGUUAACACCGUUUUAUUCAGAAAUGUUAAACCGAAUGGAAGUGUGACCAUUUUGUAAUCGAAAUACAAAAAUACCGUCAUUUUGUGAACGAAUUACAAAAAAUACGACCAUUCUGACCCAAAUUUCUUUAAAUGGAGUACUAAAAUACAAAGCCAUCUCUCUCUUUCUUUCUCUUCUUUCUCUAUAUACCGUACCGUAGUCUAUUAAAUGGUCUAAGAAAUAGAAUUGUUGUCUCUUUAUUUAAGAGGAUAUUGCUAUAUAAAUAGAGAGAGACAGAGGUUUGUAGGAAGAGAGAAGAAAGUAUAGUGGAUGAUCAUAAUAAGAUGAUGAUGAGCAGUGGAAGCAGUAGCAGUAGUAGCAGCAAUGGAGGUAAUGGGCCAUGUGGUGCAUGCAAAUUUUUAAGAAGGAAAUGUGUAAAAGGGUGUAUUUUUGCACCAUAUUUUGAUUCCGAACAAGGUUCAACACAUUUUGCUGCAGUUCAUAAGGUUUUUGGUGCGAGUAAUGUUUCAAAGCUUUUGUUACGUUUGCCUGCUCAUAAGCGUGUUGAUGCUGUUGUUACUAUCUGUUACGAAGCUUUAUCUCGUAUUCGUGAUCCUGUUUAUGGUUGUGUUGGUCAUAUCUUUGCUCUUCAACAACAGGUGGUGAACUUGCAGGCAGAGUUGGCAUUUGUUCAAGCACACCUCUCAACACUAGAGCUCACAUCUCAUCAGCAGCAUUCCUUCGUCUCUUCACCAACUCCAUCUUCUGCACUGACAACCGUUCAUGCGUCAUCAGACAUGCUUUCAUCUGAAACAUCUAAUAUGUCAACACUGUUUACCUCUUAUCAGUCACAACAUCAGCAGUUGGAUGGGAUUCCGACAAUGUUAGAUACCAGGCGGUAUUGCAACCCACCAACUAUUGCUGCUCAAUAUCAGCAGCAACAAAACAAUGUCGACGGCGAUGGAGAUCUUCAAACACUUGCAAGAGAAUUUUUGUCUAAAUACUUCCCUGAAUCUGCAAAACUUCAGACAUCAAAUUCUUGGUAGUGCUGAAUGAUAUGGUAAAACUAAUGUAGUGAUCAACUUUUGGUGCUUGUAGGCAAUUUAGAUCUUCCUUUAUAGUAGUUAUUAUUAACCUAACUUCUCUGUAAGAUAUCAUCAGGUUGGUUAACUUGCAACUUUCGUUUCUUGGGCAUCAGGAAAAUCCAUAUAUUAUCCAUACCUAUAUAUAUACUAUAUGGUUUGUCCACAAAGCUUAUUCCGAUUACCAGCAAAGAGCCAGCCGAAGAGGUACAUUUCUGGAGUUUAGA